GCGACAGUGCGCAAACUCAAUUAAAGUAUCGUCAGGCUUGAGUUCUACGGCUUGGACAGUGCUUGGGCCUCCAGUUGAAGAAAGAUAGACCUACUGCACACCUUUACAUACGCGUGACCUUAGGCGCUCAAGUAAGAGGCUGUAACAAUUCUUAUUACUGCUGCAUGACCUCAGCCUGGGGAUAGCGAUAGCGCCUUGAUUCUGAGUUGUCCUUGGAGGCCACUGUCAGCAAGCUGCGAGCCUUAUCGCGUUAAGGAAUCCAGUAAAUGCUCUGAUGGAGACAACAUCUACAGGUUGCAGCAGCAGGCGUAGCCCGAACGACGAUACAGGAAACGACAGUGCUAGCCCUGUUGUGGGUGUUCUAGGACUGCAGGCACCUCGCUCCCGGUGCCUCCCAAAGUCGCAUAUCUCCCUAGAUUAUCUCCAGCGGCAGCCCGAGGAAACUUUGGGCCAGCAGCAAACGCUUCUAACGAAGCGUUUUGUUGCUGCUGGCACUGAUGGUGGCUGUAGCACUGCCUUCGCAGCUUGCCACGUAAUAAUACCGAGCAGCUCAAGCGUUGGUGGGAGCCCAACCACAAACGCGUCAGGAACCCAGGAACCAACCCCUUCCGCUUUCUGCCCUUCCGACGCGGGGACCAGCAGCCGAUCGCUGCGGCUGAUGCGCACAGCAGCACGGCAGCAGGUACCCCUUCAGGAUGAGUCUGCCCCUGCUUCGCAGCAGCAAGCACAGCAGGCGCGUACACCGCUGCCAGCAGGGGAGGAAGAAGUAGCCAGCCAGGAACCCGGCGAGAGGCCAACCCUGCAAGGCGCAGCAGAUGCUCAGCUGGAGCCUCUUUCCACUGCUGCCGCUGCGCCAAACCCCGGGAUUGUCACAGCAGCUGAUAGGGUGCGCGAGGAGGACACUGGAGGAGGAGAUGGAGGUGCCAGCACUGGAGGAGCUCUGGAGCCGCCCUCCUCAGGGGUUCGGGAGCUACCGCCAUUCUCACGGCGGCCCGGCGCUGCCGUACAGGCAUGCACUCCAUCCUCAAAUGCAGCUGCGGCGGCAGCAGCAGCGCCUGUUAUCAGUGGCAGCGGCGAAUCUCAGGCGCAGGAGCGCUCAGGUCAGACCAGCACCCCGCCUCCCACAGCCCUGAAUGACCUGCCUGCGCCGCAGCCGGGGUUCUUCCGAGCCCCGCAGCAGCCCCCGCUGCGCUCCUCGUCCUUCCAGGCGCAGAUGCCACAUCCGGCAGCACAGCUGAACCCCCUCCUCCGCUUCCAGCAGCACCAACAACAGCAGUGGAGGCAGCCGUUGCCACAGCUGCAUGCGCAGCUGCCGCAGCAGCUGUCAGGGCCUCAGCAGCAACAGCAACAGCAGCUACACCCAUUAACACUCGGUGGCACCGGCUUCCCCUCAGCAGCAGCAGCCACGCUAAACCCAGGUGCAUGCACCAGGGCCCCCUCUUCUGCUGCUGCUGCUGCCGGCAAUGGUUGCGGCUCUCAACUCAUCGAGGCCUCGAUUCGAGCUAGGCUGGGCCUGCCGCCCAAGCGCUGCUCAACAGCUGGUCCCGGCGUCGCGCUGGGUUUCCCAUCCUCCUCCGGUGCCGCCGCCCUGCCAGCCGCACAGCUAGGGGGUCUGGGAGCGCCGGGGCUCAUGGGAUCCGCAGCAGCAGCAGCUGGCAGCAGCCUACAGCAGGAGCUGCUGAUGCUGCGGGGCGGCCGGCAGCUGAGCGGCGGAGCGCAGGGGUCGCUGCUGCUGCAGCACCAGCAACAGCGCAUGCAUGGGCAGCUGGAAGGCAGCGGGGAGCUCCUGCCGGGGCUGCGGAGCCCAGUCUCCACCGGGCUGCCUCUCACGGCCUUCCAAGCCGCAGGCGGCCUAGCAGCAGCAGCAGCAGCCUCCCAUGCGCCCAGCACCACGGGCAUGCGCGCCGGCUUGCUGGCUGGCGCAGCCGGCAUGCAGGCGCCUCUUCCCCUGGAGCGCUCUCAUAGCGUUCCUCUAGCGGCUGCGGAUACCAAGGCUGCGGCUGUUAGGUUGCGGCAGCUGGAGCAGAUGGGUGUUUCGGUGUCUCAAGCGGUGCUUGCGGCCGCUGCUAACGGUCGCUUCAACGGCGGCGGCAACGGCAACACCCCAGGCCCUGUUGUUGGUUGCCGUGGCGGAGAUGGUGGCCUUGGCUGUGGUCCCUCCACCGCUGCUGCUGCUGCUGGUGGUGGUGCUGCUGCUACCAGCGGCUUGCGGGCGUUGCAGUCGACUGGGUCGUCAGGAGGCGCUUGCCAAGCCGGUAAGCGGAGUGCUGCGGCAUUUAGGUGCGAGGAAACGCAGCAGCAGCAAGAGCAGUCACCAUCCCAGCCGGCCCCCGCGCAGCAGCAGACGCCGGCGUGUGCUACUGGCCCUGGCUGCGGCGUGAGGGUGGCAGCGGGGCUCGACAUGGGGAACGAUAUGCUUCAAGCGGCUCUGAAACGCAGGGCGGUUUUGGCGUCGUCAGAGGCCACGAGCGCGCCCGGCCGAAGCCGUUCAUUCUCCUCUUCGCAACUGCAGCAGCAGCAGCAGCUGCAGGGUAUGCAGCUGCCGCGAGCGCCCUUCACCCGGCUGCCCCAGCAGCCCUCCAUCACUAUCAACAACAACUUCCAGGCGGCCCCGGGGCUCUACCUGCCGCCUAACCCCGGAUACAGCCACGCUGCAGCCCUCGGGUUUGGAAACAGCAACACAGGCCCCUCCGGUGUUGCGUUCCCGGGUCCAGUCUACGUGGGAGGGCCCGACAGCCGGGUCAUGCUUCAUCACCCCGGCCCGUCUUUUAUGGCGGCGGCGUCGUACGGCAACAUGAGUCCGCAACCGUACGGCGGCUUGGGCGGCCCGAUGUACGGCAACAUGGGUCCAGUUCCCCUGCCUCUAGGCGGAGGAACCAUGGGCGGUGCUGCUGCUGGUGUGGGGAUGGCUGGCUGGGCUCAGGUAAGCCGCGGUUCCCUUUCUAGCGGCUACGGAUUGGGUCCCGCGCCGUCGUUGUCCCUCCCCCUGCCUGCUCCCGGGGCUGGUGCUGGUGCUGUUGGUGCUGCUGGUCGCGGCCUGGAUGAGGCGAUGGAUGUGGCUUGUCUGGUAAACGAGCAGGAUUACUUGGCUGACAGCGACCUACAGAGCUUCAUCGCCGACUUGUGCGGUCCGGCCUCGGGCUCAGAGCAGCCGCAGCAGCAGCAGGACGCCACGGCUGCGGGAGCAGCAGCAGCAGCAGCUGGUGGUGGGGGAAUGCCUUGAUGGGGCCCAGGGGUGGUGAGGAGGGGGCGGCGGUAUCAGGCGCAGCGGAGGGCGGCAGCAUGUGUGGGCGGAGUUGGGGGGUUGGUGUUGCGGUUGGAGCUUGGCGGUGUGGAGGAGUUGGGGGAAGGAUGGAAUGGGUGUUGGCGGUUAGUUUGCUUUGUUGGUGCAAAAAGGAUGUUGGGUUUGCUGGGGCUCAGCAGCGACGGCUGAGGCCUGUUCAUGCUGGCAUGGGUGAAGAGUGGCCCUGACCUUGCUUUGUUACAGAGCUUCUGCGACUAGUUAUGGGACCGCAUCGGGUGGGUUGAAUCAUGUGUAUGUUGAUCGUACGCGGGCUUGCGUGCAUGCGUGCAUGCGGUGAGUUGUUCAGUUACUACUGCUAAUAUUGUACUUACUGUACUUCAGCAGGAUUCGGACUCCUGUUUCCUACCGUGUUGUACGGUAGAUCGCUACAAAUGAUGCACUCGCACUCCAUGAGCAUGUGUACGGCAUGUACGGCGUGCGCCUGUUCGACUGUCUGUUUUGACACUUGCUUCACUGUACGGCGCAUACGGUACGGCAGGGCGUUCGCAUCAUGCACGUGGGUGGUGUCAGAUGUGUCGGGCUACGACGUGGGCACAGCAGCUGGGCAAUCAUUUUCUGACAGUAGCCAGAGGGGGGGCCAGAGCGAAAGGCGUGCGCGUCACGGCGAAGUCCUUCGAAGACGUUUCUUCCGAUGCCCUGCUAGAGCACAAGGGCAUGGGUGAAAAGCGGUCCCCUAGGGCCCUUUUCGUAGUACUAUUCGACGUUUCAGCGAGGGACAUGGGUGAUGGCGUCAGCAUUGUUGCGUGAGACCGCUCAUUUGGCUGCCGGUUGCAGUGCGGAGGGGGCUCAUUCAUGGAUUGAGUCGGAGAGAUGGCAGAUGGCAGGCCUUGGCUGACCGCAUGUUACUCGGGUUAGUUCAAGCCUCAUCCGGAUCCAAAGGCCAUUCAUCCGCCUGAAAAGCUGUUGCAGCAUUCAGGCUAUGUUAUGGGUUUGGGGCGCUGUGUCGCUGCGCCCGUACGUUCGUUUUACCGUUUUACUGAAGCCAGAAGGGCAGGUCCGGCUACCCUUCUGGUUGCUAGCUCGAGCGAGCCCAUUCCUUUGUGAGUUCGGACUACUGAGUGCACCUGGUGGUGAGCGAGCGAUACGUUGCUUUGACACACACACUGCAGUGGAGCUUUCCUGUGGUUAGAAGGGAGCUGUCUGCUAAUUUGUUGACAGGGGGGUUGUGUUGCUGACAUACUUGGGGCAUCUGAAUUUGGAAUUCGUUGGUGCUCUGGUUAAACUUGUUACCUUCAGUUGCACGAGCGAACACGUUUGCUACAGGACGGGCAUGAACAUUCCCUCGCGGCGCUUGCCAGUUGCUUGUCUGCUAGCUUCAUCCAUUGCCAGUUUGCCACCUAACCUUUCCAACUGAACAAAUUGUGUCUAGCGUGCUUCCCAACACGACUUUCCAGACAUGAAGGCUUUGGUACCUUCCUAUAAAUGCUAUAGCACUUCAUCCCUUCAUAUGCUGCUUUAUCCUUUCGGUUCAAAUUCUGGAAAGGAAUGUUACAUGAGGCGGGCGUUUGCGUUUGGUCGACUGCUUAUUGUUUUGUUGAUUGGCACUGCAGAGGCUUUGGUCCCCUGUUGACAUGCCGUUUUCUCCACGGUAGGCAGGCGCCGUCGCGGAAAACGUCGAAUGGAUUUCGUGGAGUAAUGGAACCUCGGUUUUUGUCGUACGAACACCUCCUGCAUGGUCAUUGUUUACGCAUUUCAGUUGUCGCAUGUGCCCCCAUCCUUUCCUUUGUUUGGUCUGCCCUUGUCAUGUGGGUUAUGGCCCCAACGCUUGUUGCUCUCCGAGCUCGUGAUACGCUGUCAGAGAGAGGGAGUUGUUGGGGUGUCUAUUUUGUUGUCCCACACAAUAACUGCGAGCGCCGUUCGUUUCCUUGGCAACAGUGUGUGUAUAACAGCCACGCAAUUAAGAUGUAUGAGUAACUUGCCUCCUGGGUCCGAGUUACAAUUGGGUGGGAAUUGUGAUACCCCAUAGCAGGGUUGUGUUCCCUCACAUGUCACGCAACCGUGUAAUUUGUCCUGCUCCUG